ACCCUUUUUGUCAUUCAGAGUAGGGGAGAUAGUAUACUUUCGAAUUUAGAGGCCUGCUUCGUAGGCGAAUACAGACAUCACGUAUACUUUACAGUGAAUUGUAACUAUAGAAUUACUGAAAUUAUGAGUCAUAAAUAUAUCUUCAAAUACGUCAUCAUCGGCGAUAUUGGUGUCGGAAAAAGCUGUAUCAUGCAGAGCUUUACGGAGAAACAUUUUCGAAAAGAUCUUCCGCACACCAUUGGUGUGGAGUUCGGCACUACCAUUGUAGAUGUUAAUGGUGAUCUAGUCAAGAUCCAAAUAUGGGAUACUGCCGGGCAGGAGCGGUUUCGUUCAGUAACACGUGGAUAUUAUCGAGGUGCGGCAGCCGUGUUGUUGGUCUAUGAUGUGUCGAGCAGGGAUACUUUUGUUCAUGUGGGCUCGUGGCUCCAGGAAGUACGCUCCAAUACUAGUCCUCACAUUGAGAUCCUCCUUGUCGGUAACAAGAGUGAUCUUGAGGAUGAGCGUGAGGUAUCAUUUGAAGAGGCUGCGAAGUUUGGAGAAGAUAACAACCUACAUUUCAUGGAAUGCAGUGCACUAAGCGGACACAAUGUUGUACAAGUAUUUUUAUCGAUUGCGCAAAAGGUUCAUGAAAAUGUUCUCAACGGGAAGCUAAGCCCAACUGAUGCGGAAAGCGGCGUGCAAGUGUGUUCAGCGGUGUUAGCAAUGACAAGCAGUACCACUGGGGUCACUGAUAGUGGAAGAAGCAUUUGUAACAUCUUGGGGACUUCAUCCAAUCCUAAUAUAACUAACAAUAACGACACUACUUCGCGUAGCUGCACCUGCUAAAGGAUGAUAAAAAGAGGGAUAUAUCUAUUGCAAUGACCAACCUGGAUAAAAGAAGUAAAUACACAAGAGAGGGAAAAUUAUAACUCUGAAGCAUAUUGCAAAAUUUAUUGUAACCUUAAGAAUUAGUUUUUUUUACAUUCCCUUUCUUAUGCUAAAUACUCUUUUUUUACAUUUAUUAAGAUUGUUUAUUUUAUUUGAAUGUGAACUGGAAGACACAUACGCAUUAAGAGAGUCUAAUAGAAGACAGGCGCUUUU